ACUGCGGCAGAGGCCAAAAAGGAUUUCCGAGCUUGUGGCCUGCUGUGUUCAGUUUGUAACGGUAUUCCACGCGCCACGGACGCCCGAAUAACAGAACGCGAUAGCCGUACACCGUACACCACUGAGUGGAAAAAGCGAUUCAAGACGCGAAUUUUGCACAAUGGAAAUAUGAGGAACGCAAUCAGCAACAGCGAAAUGAAUAAAUUACGCGAAAAUAAAAUCAAUUUGCAUUAAGAGCCGGAGACGUACGACUGACUAGCCAACGUCGGACCCAUCCCGUCAGACAACUUGGACUUGGACGCCUCAAGACCCCUCAAAGUCCCCUCGAGAAAACCUGGAGAACCUCGUAGACCAUCUCUCAUCCACCAACUGACAGCCAGUCUGAAGGACGACGACGAACAAGGCGCUGGCCCAUGAGCUGCCGUUUGUGCAAAUUAUAUUACCUUGUCAGGCGAGUGACAUAAGGCGGACCUCUUGGCAACCUCCUCCCCUCUGACACCAUAGUUACCCAUGUGUGGAUUCCACUGAGGUGGCAGGUGACGAAGGAGAAGCUACUGGUGGGGGUGGUGGUUGUGGCACUGGGGUCACGUCUUGGAUUACAAAAUCACCAGAAUGUUACGCAGCUGCGUUUGCCUGCGCGCCGACGAUGACGGGAAGCGGCGCAGCUCCUCCGUGGAAGACGCCUCCUCGUGCCGGUCAUCGGAAAUAGAGCGCGUGGGCGCCAGCAUGCAGACCUUAGGGCCAAAUGGACAACCGCAGACAUCCGCUGCGCAGACUAGCACCAGAGCCUCCAGUCUGCUGCAGCUCUUCCAGCGGCGAGGUUGGUGCAAGCACUUCCGCAAGCCGCUCCGGGGCAUGAGCGCCUCCCGUGCCGAAAAGACCAUUCGAGCGGCAAUAUUCAUACAGAAAUGGUAUCGCAGGCAUCAAGCCCGUCGCGAAAUGCAGAGACGUUGCAACUGGCAGAUCUUCCAGAACCUGGAAUAUGCCAGCGAACAGGACCAGGCUGAGCUAUACAAAUUCUUCAAUGACCUCAUUAAGCACAUGCCCCAGGCUGCGGGCAGGAAGAACCAGUACCAAGGAUCUGCUCAUGUUUCCGUGUUGGAUGAAAAAGAUGACCUUGUUGAAGAGUUUGGAGACAUUGUGAAUGCCAAAAUUGAGUUGCCAAUACGAAAAAACCAUAUCGAUCUAUUGAUUGACGUCUUCCGCAAGAAACGGGGAAACCGAUUGCAUCCAAAAUAUGUGGCACUAAUUCUACGUGAAGCUGCCAAAUCCCUAAAGCAGCUGCCCAAUAUUUCCCCAGUUUCCACGGCUGUCUCUCAGCAAGUUACAGUUUGUGGGGAUCUGCAUGGAAAACUUGACGAUCUUCUUGUGGUGCUGCAUAAGAACGGUCUUCCCUCAUCUUCCAAUCCUUACGUGUUCAAUGGCGACUUUGUGGACAGGGGCAAGAGGGGCUUGGAGGUCCUGCUGCUGCUCCUCUCACUCUAUUUGGCCUUUCCCCAGGCAGUUUUCCUCAAUCGGGGAAACCAUGAAGACAGUGUUAUGAAUGCCCGCUACGGAUUUAUUCGAGAGGUGGAAAGCAAGUACCCUCGGAAUCACAAGCGAAUUCUGGCCUUCAUCGACGAGGUCUACCGAUGGCUUCCCCUUGGCUCCGUUCUCAAUAGUCGAGUGUUAAUCGUCCAUGGCGGGUUCUCGGAUAGCACAAGCCUAGAUCUUAUCAAAAGUAUUGACAGGGGCAAGUAUGUGUCUAUUUUAAGGCCACCACUUACAGAUGGCGAGCCACUGGACAAGACCGAGUGGCAGCAGAUCUUUGACAUUAUGUGGAGUGACCCACAGGCCACUAUGGGCUGUGUCCCAAACACUUUAAGAGGAGCUGGUGUAUGGUUUGGACCGGAUGUGACUGACAACUUCCUUCAGCGACAUCGACUCAGUUACGUUAUCCGUUCCCACGAAUGCAAGCCCAAUGGUCAUGAGUUUAUGCAUGACAACAAGAUAAUCACAAUUUUCUCGGCCUCUAACUACUAUGCCAUUGGAUCGAAUAAGGGUGCCUAUAUCCGUCUGAACAAUCAGCUGAUGCCCCAUUUUGUUCAGUAUAUAUCGGCGGCAUCGCAAACAAAACGAUUAUCCUUUAAACAGCGAAUGGGCAUUGUGGAAAGUUCGGCACUCAAGGAGUUGGCAGUGCGUAUGCGUGAUCAUCGGGAUGAAUUGGAGGACGAGUUCAGAAGAUUUGAUCCUAAGGACAGUGGUUAUAUAUCCAUAUCGAAUUGGUGCACAGUAAUGGAAAAUGUCACCAAGUUGGGCUUGCCGUGGCGUCUCCUUCGCGAGAAAUUGGCUCCGGGCACAGAUAGCCAGAAGGUUAUUUACAAUAGAACUUUGGAUUUACUGGACACAGAUGUUAUACUCGAAGCUGAGGCUGAUGGCAUGUCAGUUAUGGACGCUUUAUAUGCCAACAAAGCCAGCUUAGUGGCGAUAUUUAACAUCAUUGAUGCGGAUAAUUCUGGUGAAAUUACCCUAGAUGAGUUUGAAACUGCUAUUGACUUGCUGGUGGCCCAUAUGCCAGGUGCCUAUUCCAAGGCAGAAAUGCUUGAGAAAUGCCGAAUGAUGGACCUGAAUGGUGAUGGCAAAGUGGACUUAAAUGAAUUCCUGGAAGCCUUCAGACUAAGUGAUCUACACAGGAAAGAGCAGCAGGACGAGAACAUAAGGAGGCGUUCCACUGGCAGACCGGCCGUAGCCAAGACCGCAUCAGAUCCCGUGGCUUUGUUGGCGGAUAAGAUCUCAAAGAACACUCUGGUUGUGGAGCACGACAUUGAUCCCACGGACUGUGAGGCUAAAGUAAUUGAUCCUAAAAAAUCAUAAGCUAUAUCUAUGAUUCUCAAGGAUUUAUCAUUAUUUUUGUUUUGGGUAAAGUUUUCAACAUGAAUUUUAUUAGGUUCACAAAAGGCAUUUAAGGCACAUUUGUUUUACUUCUAAGUCAUUAAUUAAAUACAUACCAUGUAUUUAAAACGAAUGUUAACAUUUAUGUAUAGAAAUUAUACCCAUAUAAAUUAAAACAUAAAUUACUUAAUAUUUAAACAGAAUUUGAGGCGAAAACGAUAUAAAUUGAGAUCUCUACGAAAGCAAAAAAGCUAAGUCUACUGGCCAUUCCCCUACGCUUUUGAUUUAUAUUAUAUAAUUAAUCUUAUAACCAAUAUGCACUCCUCUGUAAGCUACUUUAAAGCUUUAUCAAAAAAAGUUAUUAAAAAUGUUAUGAAAUAUAAGAAAAAUAUAGUGUUAAAACCAAAAUGUUAUGUUAAAUUUAUACAACCAGAUAUCAAGCGCUUUAUAUUAAAUUAUAGGCAUAUAAACAGACAUAUUAAUUGUUUAUCUAACAAAGUUUAAGCCCAAGGGAUCAAGAUUACAUUUUAUAUACGACUACGUCUAGUUCUUAAAUUUUAUAAAGAUGACAUGUAAACUAAAGAAAAACUUUAAACUAAAAGACAUUUCCCUUCUCUUAAAGUAAUUCAAAAGCUAUCACUAAAUCUUUAUAACAAUUAUUAUACGACCUGAUUGCUUUAAAUCGAUAUUAAUGUAGAAAUUAAAGGACGUUAAAAUCUAAAUAAAUAUAAAGCUUUUGAACCACCUUGCGUUUUAUAAAGUCUAUCUAGUAAGUGAGCAGUUAAAUGUUAUAAAAGAUAUAGAAUACAUACCUCACAUGGACCAUGCUUUGGCACAAUUAUUUAAUUGCAAAUCUUAAAAUGCUUGCAAAAUCCACAUUUGAACUUUCAGUUGCCACACCCAUAAAGUUGAUUGUUAAACUUUUCUAUUGAAAUACGCAAAAAAGCAAUUAUAGCUAACGGAUAUAAACUUCCUGACCUCAAAAAAAAUGCAAUAACAAAGUUUUAUAUUUUACGAAAACUCUUGAUAUCCGUUAAUCAAAAAGUUACCUUAGGCUAAGUCGUUUUGGGGAAAUUGAUAGGAUCUCCCUAAUAAUAUAUUUACAAAAUAGUAAUCGAGUACCUAUGACAAACAAAUAUAAAAACGCUUUUCGACAGGCACUACAGGACCAAUAAAUUUAGCCAAUCGUUGGCAUUCAAGUAAUUAUACCCUAUCCUAGUAAACAACUAACAUUUUACUUGUAUCUACUUUAAGAAGCACCUAUCCCCUAUUUGUAUUUUGAGCCACGUUUCAUCGAUAGACAAAAUAUUUUCCUGAAACUUUAUUAAUAAAUAUGUUGAAUAAUAAGUGAUAAA